AUCAAUAAGACAAACGCCUGCUGCGCCGAGAGCAGCGGCGGCGGCGGCGGCGGCGUCACCCGGGCCGCAUCCCAGCCAUGGAUCCUGUGAGCGCCGAGCCCCGCACGGCCGAGUGGCGCGUCCGCACGGCGGGCGGCACGGAGUACAGCUGGUGCCGCGCCGUGCCGGGCGGCACGGGCACGACGCUGCUCGCGUUCCACCUCUCCCGCAGCGCCGCGGGCGAAACGGUCGUGACCACCCUCCAGGCCGCGCUGCGCUCCCUGCAGAUCGCCCACCCCGUCCUCCGUGCCCACAUCCGGACCUCUCCCUCGGGCCCGACGCUCGCGUUCCCCUCCGCCGCGCCGCCCCCUCCCGCUCUCCUCCCCCUCGCGCCGCUUCCAGCGCCGGAGUCCGCCCCCGAUUUCCACGCCCUCCUCGAGCACGAGCUCAACCGCAACCUGUGGGCCGAGCCCGAGCCCUCCGACGCCCCCGUGUUCUUCGCCACGUUCUACGAGCUGCCGGGCGCUGGCGGCGGAGCGGCGCUGUUCGUCCGGAUCCACACGGCCGCGUGCGACCGCGCGGCGGCGGCCGCGCUGGCGAGGGAGCUCGUGGCGCUGCUGAGCGGAGGGAAAGGGGCGCGCAGCCCGGAGGAAGCGGCGGUGGAGGCGGGGCUGGAGGAACGGAUACCACAGCGGGACACCUGGAAGCCUUUUUGGGCGAGGGGGAUGGACAUGGUGGGCUACUCCAUCAACGGGCUGCGGACGUCCACGCUGCCGUUCCAGGAGACCGGCACGGAGAGAUCGACGCAGAUGCUGCGGCUCGGGUUCGGCCGCGACGAGACCACCAGGCUGCUCGAUGCGUGCAAGGAGAACGGGGUGAGGCUUUGCGCAGCCAUGGCUGCCGCGACGAUGCUCGCCGCACGGCAGUGGAAACUGCUGGAGAGCGGCCAGCAGGAGACGUACUCCGUCGUAACACUUGUCAAUUGCCGCAAGUUUCUUGAGCCGGCCUUGGAUGAUCACAACACUGGUUUCUACUAUUCUGCCAUCACCAACACGCACUCGAUUCACGGAGAGGAAGGGCUGUGGGAGCUGGCCAAGAGGUGCCACGACUCGUACACCAGCGCCAAGAACAACAAGAAGCACCUCACCGACAUCGGCGACCUCAACUUCCUCAUGUGCCGGGCCAUCGAGAACCCGCAGCUGACGCCGGCCGCCGCGCUCCGGACGGCGCUCGUCUCCGUGUUCGAGGAGCCCGUGGUCUGCGACACGUCAGACCUGCAGAGCAAGGUCGGCGUGGAGGACUGCGUCUGCUGUGCCACCGUGCACGGCAUCGGCCCGUCGAUCGGCGUGUUCGACUCGAUCAGGGACGGCAGGCUGGACUGCGCGUGCGUGUACCCUUCUCCUCUCCACUCCAGGAAGCAGGUGGAGGAGGUCUUUGACAAGGUGAGGCGGAUUUUGCACGAUGGGAGCCGCGCAAGUGAUGAGGAACAAUUUGAAGACUGCACCUAGUAGAUAAUCGAGAGCUUGGGCCAUUUCAGUAAAUACGAUUGUAAUGCAUUUGUGAACAGACAUCACAUUGUCUGAAAUUCUCAGCUGCUUCCAGGUGCAGUGCAGUAUGUAAUGUACUGCAGUCUGAAGAGUGAACAGACAUCACAUUUUCUGAAAUUCUCAGUUACCGACA